GCGCGCGGAGCCGGGCGGAGAGCGGCGGCGGCGCCGCGGCCGCGCAGACAGCGGACGAGCGAGGCAGCGAGCUGCGGCCCUGCGGCGUCGCUUCCCGGCCCGGCCCGGCAGCGCCACGGAGCGCGGCGGCCCGGCACCUCGCGAACAUCAGCUGGAAAGAAAACUCUGAAGACUCAAUAUUUUUGAGUAAAGAAAAGACAAAAUGGCAUCAAUGUUGCUUAGUCGGCAGCUGACCUGUUGUCUGCAGCAAAACUCCAGGCUGUUUGCAGUUGGACACAGAUGUAUCAGUCAAGCUGCAGCUAAAAUUGAUGUGGACUUUGAUUACGAUGGACCUCUAAUGAAGACAGAAGUUCCUGGGCCACGAUCUAGAGAAUUAAUGAAACAACUGAAUGGAAUUCAGAACGCGGAGGCUGUACACUUUUUUUGCAAUUAUGAAGAGAGCCGAGGGAACUACCUAGUAGAUGUAGAUGGCAAUCGCAUGCUGGAUCUCUACUCUCAGAUUUCAUCCAUCCCAAUAGGUUACAACCAUCCCUCUCUGAUAAAGCUUCUACAGCAACCACAGAACUUGAGUACCUUUAUCAACAGACCUGCCCUAGGGAUUUUACCUCCAGAGAACUUUGCAGAAAGACUGAAGGAAUCUUUGUUAUCAGUGGCUCCUAAGGGUCUGUCACAGAUUAUCACCAUGGCCUGUGGAUCCUGCUCUAAUGAAAAUGCCUUUAAAGCAAUAUUUUUGUGGUACAGAAGCAAGGAGAGGGGCCAUAAUAAUGUCACAAAAGAGGAACUGGAAUCUUGCAUGAUUAACCAGCCCCCCGGCUGCCCUGACUAUGCGAUGCUCUCCUUCAUGGGUGGAUUCCACGGAAGAACCAUGGGUUGCUUAGCUACAACUCACUCUAAAGCAAUUCACAAAUUAGACAUCCCGUCGUUGGACUGGCCUAUUGCUCCAUUUCCAAGACUAAAGUAUCCUUUGGAAGACUUUGUGAAAGAGAAUCAACAGGAAGAAGCCCGUUGUUUAGAAGAGGUGGAAGAUCUGAUCGUGAAGUACAGGAAAAAGAAGAAGAUUGUAGCUGGAAUCAUUGUAGAACCGAUACAGUCAGAGGGUGGGGACAACCAUGCUUCAGAUGACUUCUUCAGAAAGUUACGAGAUAUUGCCAGAAAGCACGGCUGUGCCUUCUUAGUGGAUGAAGUGCAGACAGGAGGUGGCUGCACAGGAAAAUUCUGGGCGCAUGAACAUUGGGGCCUGGAUGAUCCAGCUGAUGUGGUAACGUUUAGUAAGAAGAUGAUGACAGGAGGAUUCUUCCACAAAGAGGAGUUCAGGCCAAAUGCUCCGUAUCGGAUUUUUAACACCUGGCUUGGAGAUCCAUCCAAGAACCUUAUGCUUGCCGAAGUUAUUAAGGUUAUUAAAAGAGAAGACCUUCUAAACAAUGCAGCCCAUGCAGGGAAAGCACUGCUGACCGGACUGCUGGAUUUACAGGCUCGUUACCCCCAUCUAAUCAGCAGAGUGAGAGGAAGAGGAACAUUCUGUUCAUUUGACACUCCAAAUGAUACAACUAGAAACAAGUUAAUUACAAUAGCCAGAAACAAAGGUGUUGUGCUGGGAGGCUGUGGUGACAGAUCAAUUCGUUUUCGUCCAACACUGAUCUUCAAGGAUCAUCACGCACACCUCUUUCUGAACAUUUUCAGUGACAUCUUAGCAAACUUCAAGUAAAAAGCAGCUCCCUUGCAUUGAACAGCUCAGAUUUUGAAAUUAGUUUGCAUUAAUUCAUGUCUCUCCACUUACAAGAUAAGUGUAAAGUCAUAAACUGAAGUUUGUGUUCUGUCUGUGAUCCUGCCCAAGGCAAGCUGCUCCAUGCAAACUCUGGACACAGGCAGAGCACUGGUACUGGUCACCGGCAGCUGUCCUGCACCCUGCCUUUGUAGAAGCUGUGGCCCUCCAGCUUCAGGCUUGGGUCAUAUUAAUCGCAGAGUCCUCCCUACGUUCAUGGCCCUGACUCUUCGAUAGUCUGAAUAUGACCUAGUACAAUCUGUUUUCACAGAUAGUCACAGUAGCUUUACUCAUGUCCAGAAGCAGCAACAAGCCCUCAAGUGUGGCGUAAAAGUUAAGGCCACAUGCCUGCCGCACAGGAAGUGCCAUUCUCUGAUGGUAGCUGGGAUAAAGUAGGUGUUUCAAGGAAAGCGCUGCUUUCCACCACUGCCAAGCACAGAAUUUUACAGACUAAUUGCCAGCUUUAUUCCCCUGAACACCCAAGUCUGCCAUACGCAGCUGGAUCAGGAUGCCGUCAACUACUGUACCCAGCCUUCAGCCUACAUAUAAUGCGUCAGAGGCAUUAAUGCACUCAGCCACAUGUACAGUGUUGUAGGUGAAACUGAAGUAUUUAUACUUCUUUCUUCAGCCUGGAUUUUAAAACUUUUGACUUGUCUCUUACAGUCAAACUUGUACAGAGAAAGCUAUAUGCAGAAGUACGUUAUUUACUAAAGCUUGGAGUAUCAUGUGAAGCACAUACUUCCACUUCUCUCAGCAAUCUAGAAUGAUCUGAGAUUAUUUUACUUUUUGCCCAUAAGACACCAUAAUAGCCAUUAAUUUAGAUAUUACAAGUUCUACAUGAAUACCUUAAGGUAUUUUGUAAAACUACAGCAGAAUUGAAUUGCUUUAUCUUAGCCAUUACCUGACAUCAGAGCCACUACAGUCAAGGCCUAGUCUUAAAUGCACAUCUAAAAUGCAAAGUAUUUCUGUUGCUUUAAUAGUUUAUUCUAAGGCAGGCAUGUUUCAGGGGUCUCCUAGAAAGCCACAGGAUCAAGUGUCGACAACUCAUUAAUCUGCUUAUCUUCAGAUAAUUGUUUUGGACACCUCCUCGAUACUUACUCUUUGCUAUUUGCUUAAGGCUUACUUGAAUGGUGUCUGGUGCCUUUUUUUUUCUUUUUCGUAGCUAACAAGCAUCUGAAUUUUGAUUAAGUUUAACUUUUUUACGUUAUGCACCAACAAACAAGGACCACAUCUGACUUUACAGUUGCCCUCUCAGCAUUUUAACCAUAAUUUUUAAGUACGUAAUAAGAUAGGCAAUUAAGGGUUAAUAAAUCUUUAAUAAAGCUACCUAAAUGUGCAAGGUUUCUUAUCUGCUUUAAUAAGUGUUAAUUGUGGUCUUCCCCGUAUAGUUUUUGGGUACUGGUAUAGGGCAACUCAAGAAAUCUCACUUCUGCUAGCUUGAAAAUAAUGGGAUUUCUGUAAUACUCUCUACAGAACCCAGAGUUCUGGUGCCCGCUGGUCAGAAUCUGAGCUAGUUUUUGAACAAACACUGCGGAAGUCUUGAGAUUUCCGCAAGGGGUUGGUGACCAGGUGUUCAACAAAACCUCAUUGCCAUCACUGUCCUAGUAAGCGUAUUAUCAUCAAGAGGAAAGUCAAACUGAGAAUAUAUUUCACUGCAUUUUGGAAAUCAGUUUGUCCAACAUAUCAGUGCAGUAGUUUUAGUAAUUGUCUCUAGCAAGUCUUGUACUUUUACAGAAACAAAGGUCCAGUAAUUUGAAGUCUUACCACAUCUUCACUUUUAUUAUGAAUACUCUAGGUGUUUUUAUAAUUUUUACUGACACUCAGUAACUGUAUAACUGUGUAAAACAUGUUGAUGAAAUCAUGUUAGAGAAUACAUAAAACACUGCAGCUGAAGCAUAAUAAAGUUAAUAUUGUUUACAGCGUACUGUGGACAGUGCCAAAUAAAUGUUUAAACAAAUACUUAACUACACUUCAUGGUGUAACUCGUAACUCUGUACACAGAUCCAUAAAAUGACAUCUCAUGUGUAAUCAAUAUUCUUAAAUAAAAUAUUUAUAAAUCAA